AUGGCUUCCCUCAAGACUGGAUCUCAGGCCAAGGCUGCUGGCAACAAGCGCCGUGCUGCCCAAGGUGCUCCUAAGCGUGCGACCACUACCUCCUCCGCCGCCACCAGCCAACUCCCCGACCGCUCAGACAUGAUUCUUCCCAUGAGAGAUCCAUACAUGCAGCAGAUCAUCGACGGUGUCAAGAAUUACGAGUUUCGCAAGUACGAGAUGGUUGGCGUCCAGCGCAUCUGGUUCUAUCGCACCGCUCCCCACUCAGCCAUCACCCACAUCUGCCCUGUCAAUGAAGCCGUCAUCAGAGAGGACGGGCCCUUACCUGAGGAUGGACUGGGAAACAAGGAAUACAAUGAGGGGCAUCCGGACUACGAGGGAUGGGAUUAUGCAUAUCGCAUCAAUGAGGUCUAUAAGAUCAACACUGCCAUCACUCUGGAGAUGAUGAAGAAUGAACAUGGGAUGAAAGGUGCCCCGCAGUCAAGGAUGAGGGUGCCUGUUUUAAUGAAGGCGCAAUAUUGCCUGGAAGAUCAGACGAAAAUUUUCUAA